AUGGCGUCAAAGAAGUACGCCUUCCUCCCGAUGGAGGACGACGAGGUCGGCCCCACGAAAGUCGUCAAGGAGAAGAAGAAGCACAAGUCGCGCCACCGUGACCGGUCACGCGAAAGAGAUAGAGACCGCGACCGGAACGAACGGACGUCCCGCCGCCGCUCUCGCUCACGAUCACCGGCCCGCCCGUCAAAACAGUAUCGCAAACGAGACACAGACAACGACGACAGGUGGGCGGACGAGGAGCCGCCAUCGGAAGGGGAAGAAGAGGUCGACGAGGAGCCCGAGUUUCAGGAGUCGGCGUCGAAGCGCGUCAAGCUCAGCCACGAUGACCGAGAUCGCGACCGAGACCGCGAACGGGAUGAGGGCUUGUCAGACGGCGCGCGCGAGGAGCUGGAGCGGCAGCGGGAUAUCGAGGAGCGUGAGGCAUUUGCGAAGCGGCUGAAAGACAAGGACGAUAAGAGGAGCAAGGGCUCGGAUAGCAGGAGGCUGCCGGACGCGGCGGACCGGAAGGCGACGAUGGAGGACUUGAGAAUGAAGAGUCGGCAGACGUACCUCGGGAAGCGAGAGGCCGAGAAGCUCGCCCUGCUGCGGAAACAGGUCGCAGAAGAGACGGCGGAGCUCAGGAGCGGUGCGAGGCUGUCGGAGAAGGAGAAGGCCGAGUUCGCCAAGAACCGCGAGAUUUUGAGGUUAGCGGAGGAGAGGUUGAAGAUUGAUGACCACAAGGACGGGUAUUACAUCCCCGAGGACUACAUCACGGAAAAGGGAAAGAUCGACAGAAAGAGGAAGGAGGAUGCCAUGUACAAGCGAUACGUGGAGAAGGACGAGUACGGCCAGGAGAAGUUUGUGACGGAACACGAGGAGUGGGAAAGGGAGCAGGCGACCAAGGCCAAGGCGCAAAUUCAGAGGUCUGAGAGGGAGAAUGACGACUAUGCAUAUGUGUUGGAUGAGGAGCAGUAUAUCCAGUGGAAUUUGGGUUCGAGUUUGCCCGGAGAAGGCAAGCUGACGAAGGAGCAGCAGUUCCUUGCGGCACAGAUUGAGGCAGCCGAGAAAAAGCAGCUUUCGAUCCAGGAGACGAGGAAGAGCUUGCCGAUUUACGCCUACCGAGACGACUUCCUCGCGGCGAUGGAAAAGUAUCAGAUUCUGGUUAUUGUCGGAGAGACGGGAUCCGGAAAGACAACGCAAUUGCCGCAAUACCUGCACGAAGCAGGAUAUACGAAAAACGGGCUAAAGGUCGGAUGUACGCAGCCUCGUCGUGUCGCAGCAAUGAGUGUUGCAGCACGUGUGGCGGAUGAAGUAGGCGUCAAGGUCGGCCAGGAAGUAGGAUACUCGAUCCGUUUCGAGGACAACACCAGCGACAAGACCAUUCUCAAGUACAUGACCGACGGCAUGUUGCUAAGAGAGUUUAUGACUGAGCCUGAUCUCGCCGGAUACUCCGCCAUCAUGAUUGACGAAGCCCAUGAGAGAACGGUACACACCGAUAUUCUACUGGCUCUGGUCAAGGACCUGGCGAGGGAACGACCCGACCUCAAACUCCUCAUCUCAUCCGCCACGAUGAACGCCGAGAAAUUUGCGGCGUAUUUUGAUGACGCGCCCAUCUACAACAUUCCCGGCAGACGGUACCCCGUCGACAUCUACUACACCCCCGCCCCUGAAGCAAACUACCUCGCAGCAGCCAUCACCACAGUCUUCCAGAUCCACACCACACAAGGAAAAGGCGACAUCCUCGUCUUCCUCACGGGCCAAGACGAAAUCGACGCAGCCGAGCAGCAGAUCGCCGACACAGCGAAGAAGCUGGGCUCCCGCAUCAAGGAGCUCGUCAUCUGCCCCAUCUACGCCAACCUCCCCUCCGAGCUGCAAGCCAAAAUCUUCGAACCAACACCCGAGGGCGCGCGCAAGGUGGUUCUCGCCACGAACAUUGCCGAAACCUCGCUGACAAUCGACGGCAUCGUCUACGUCAUCGACCCGGGCUUCGUCAAGGAAAACGUCUACAACCCGGCCACCGGCAUGGAGAACCUCGUCGUGACGCCGUGCUCCCGUGCCUCCGCAAACCAGCGCUCCGGCCGCGCAGGCCGUGUCGGCCCCGGCAAGUGCUUCCGCCUCUACACAAAGUUCGCCUACAUGAACGAGAUGGACGAGUCGCCAAUGCCCGAGAUCCAGCGCACGAACCUGAACGGUGUCGUCCUCCAGCUGAAAUCCCUCGGCAUCAACGAGCUGCUCGACUUCGAGUUCAUGGACCCGCCCCCAACCGAGGCCCUCAUCGGCGCCCUCAACAACCUCUUCGCCCUCCAGGCCCUCAACCACAAGGGCGAGCUCACCAAGAUGGGCCGCCAGAUGGCCGAGUUCCCCACGGACCCCAUGCUCGCCAAGGCCGUUCUCGCCGCCGACAAGGAAGGGUGCGUCGAGGAGGUCCUCUCCGUCGUCUCCAUGCUCUCCGAGGCGUCCGCCCUCUUCUUCCGCCCCAAGGACAAGAAGAUCCACGCCGACUCCGCCCGCGCCCGCUUCACAAUCAAGGACGGCGGCGACCACCUCACCCUCCUCAACAUCUGGAACCAGUGGGUCGACGCAGACUUCUCCCCCAUCUGGUCCCGCGAGAACUUCCUCCAGCAGCGCUCCCUCACCCGCGCCCGCGACGUGCGCGACCAGCUCGCCAAGCUCUGCGAGCGCGUCGAGGUCUCCCCCUCCACCUGCGGCUCCUCCAACCUGACACCCAUCAAGCGCGCCCUCACCGCGGGCUUCUUCCCCAACGCCGCCCGCCUCCAGCGCUCCGGCGACUCGUACCGCACCGUCAAGAAGAACGCCACCGUCUACGUGCACCCGUCCUCCGUCCUCAUGGGCGUCGACCCGCCCAUCCGCAUGCUCGUGUACUUCGAGCUCGUGCAGACCACCAAGGAGUACAUGCGCAGCUGCAUGCCCAUCGAGGCCAAGUGGCUCGCGGGGCUGGCACCGCACUUCUACAAAAAGGGAGACGUCGAGGCGUUGGAGGAGAAGAAGAUGCCCAAAAGCCGGAGUUACGACCGGUAG